CUAGAAAGUUAACCUAAAAACAAAGCAUUCGUAUUUUAUAACCUCUAGUGAAUAGUUGUUUUGUUUACAUCUUGUUAAUUUUAAAAGUAUUUGCAAUAAUUAAACUUGUUUUUACGUUUCACAUGAUUUUACAAAUAGAUCGAAAUACAUAAAUGUGAGCUGUAUUAAAAUCAUUUCAAUUUGCCAUGGCUGUAGCUAAAUACAAGCACAUAAUUGGAAGGAAGGUUCUUGAAGUGUUGAAAAAGCAUAAUUACAACAUAAAUCCGGCUUCCAUUGAGAAUGCAGUUGUUCUCAACAAAACUCAACUUCGUUUUGAGCUGCCAGUCGAAUCUAUUCUGAAAAACAACGUCAACGAAGCUCAUUGUAACGACUUAUUGAAUAUAACAAUCAAGGAAGAUUGUGCCAUUAAAAAUGUUGCCAAAUCUACCAGUGAAGACCAUAGAAGAAGAUUAGAUGAAGACCAUAUACAUUUCAAUAUUGAUGAAAGUCGUUUUGUGAAAGAUGUUCUACAAAGCAGGGAUUAUUUUCAUGAACUAGACGAUUUAUCGUUGCGGAAAAGUCCUAAUACAAGAAAAAAGGUCCUUGUUGAAUAUAGUUCACCGAACGUAGCCAAACCGUUCCACAUGGGAAACUUUCGUUCCACAAUCAUCGGCAACUAUUUGAGCAACAUUCACGACUACUUUCAACACGACGUUGUGCGGCUCACCUACCUGGGCGACUGGGGCAAACAGUUCGGCUUGCUGCAAAUCGGCCUAGACGAUCUGGGACUGUCUGAGCACAACAUGUCGCAAGACAAGUCGCGAGACAAAAUGUUGCAGAACCCGAUCGAAACCCUGUUCAAAGCCUAUGUGGCAGCCAACCAGCGGGCGGAACUCGAUAGCGAUGUUUUGAAGAGGGCCAAUGAGAUUUUCCAUUCGAUGGAAACUGGCAGGAAUGAGGAGGUUUUGAAGCGUUGGGAGAUUGUCAGGAAGGUGACGGUGAAUGAACUGAGUGAAACGUAUCGCAGACUGGGUGUAAGGUUUGAUGACUACGAUUGGGAGUCUAAUUACCCCGCAAGUACGGCUGCCCCUCACAUCGAGUCACUCAGAAACAAGGGCAAGAUUAGGGAUGAAGACGGAAAACAGGUAUUCGUGCUUGAUUGUGGCAAAACGGUGCCUCUAUUGAAGAGUGACGGCUCGUCACUUUAUCUGACGCGAGACGUCGUGGCAGCCAUCACACGUAAAGCACGCUACAAUUUCGAUGAAACAAUCUAUGUGGUCGAUUUCAGUCAGGAGGAGCAUUUCGUUGCACUUAGAAACAUACUAGCUGAGUUGGAUCCGAGAUGGACGGACUUGAUCAAGCACGUCAAGUUCGGACGUGUGAGGGGCAUGAGCACCCGGAAAGGGGAAGUUGUGUUUCUCAAGGAUAUACUUGACGAAGCUCGCAGUAUCAUGGCUGAAAAACAGGAACAAUCUGCCACCACCAAAGAUGAUCUUCCGGAAUAUGUGUCCGAUGUACUGGGAAUUUCAGCAGUCAUGGUCAAUGAUCUCAAACAAAGGCGGAUGAAAGACUACAACUUCGAUUGGAAUUCAGCUCUACAUGUGAAAGGUGACUCAGGCAUAAAGCUGCAGUACACCCAUUGUCGUCUGGUCAGUUUGGAAGAGAACUGUGGAUUCCAAUUAGAUGAGCAAUGCUUCCACAAAUGUGAUACCAUAUUGGAUCCAGUUGUUAUACAGCUGGUACACCAAAUAGCGAGAUUUGAUGAUGUAAUGGAAGAGUCGUUCAAAACAUUUGAGUCAUUCCAUAUUGUCAAUUACCUUUUCAAGCUGUGCAACACAAUCAACAAAGCUAUGAAGUCGUUGCCAGUAAAAGAUGCUCCAAAUCGAGAUAUCGCACUCCAACGUUUACUGGUUUUUCAUUCAGCUCGCAUAGUGCUCAACAGAGGAAUGAAAGUUCUAGGGUUAAAACCUCUGGAUAAAAUGUAGUCUAGUCCAAAAAGUAUAAGUAUGUUGUUACCUUAAUAAAGUAUUUUUAAUGGUUUU